AUGCAGCGGGGCACGACGAUGAUCUCAGGCAACCCAUUCAGGGAGAAAAGCAACGACUCCUCUCCCCCGGAGGACGGCGGCCGCGGCGCGCAGACAAUUGCGGAGGCCAUCAAGAAGGAUGACGCGGCGAUGGCGAAGCAGCUCGCGGUGCUCUCACGACGACCCGAGGCAAAGCCGCAGACAAAGAAAACCGUCUCCAUUCGUGGAGGUGCCGCCACAUGCCCGGUUGUGUGUCGCAAUGGGCGAGGCCUUCGUACGGUGGAGAUCAAGGAGGUGCACAGCACGGAGAUGUUUAUUGCAAAGAAGAGAGAUGUGGGUCUCAUGCGCCUUGCGCUUGCGAACAAGGAGGCGGAGAUACGUCACUUGGAGGAGGAAAUGGAUCGUGCAGAGAAGCGGCUUCGUCAGCAGCAGGAGCAGCUUGCCAGUACGGAGGAGAAGUUCAACAAUUUUCUGAAGCAUAGCAAUUUGGAACAGGAUGCCGCUGUCAGGCGGGCUGAGGUUGAGAGCAAAGCCAAACUGGAGCGUCUCAUCGACAUCAAGAAACUCUCGGCACAGAUCAGUCACAUGGAGCAAGACAUGCGCAAGACCGAUGUGCAGUUGGAGCUGUGUAUGGAGUACAAGAACUUUAUGGACAGCCUCACGGAACCUCAGUGGUUCUACGACGUUCUCUGUGGUCUUCGUGUGAAUGACAUUAGUCAGGUGAUUCUGCGUGAGACAGAGGAAAAGUAUACGCGCCGAGCAGAGGAACUAACGGAGGCGGUGAAGCAAGCAGCAGCUCGGCGUGAAUCACGCCAGCGAAGGAUUGCCGCUGCACGGGAAAGAGGAACCGUCUUUCUGGAGCCGGGUCGCUCCGGUGAGCGGGACGAUGGAACGUUGGAGGAGGACGAGGAGGAGGAGGUUUCCCUUGAGGUACAGCUGGAAAAGCUGCACCAAGACCUUGAGGCUGAGGCACAGCGGCAGCAGGAGGAGGCAACCGCAAGCAUUAAGCGGGAGGUGGAGUCACUUUCUGUGGAUGAGGUUCGUGCCGUGCUUGACAAGGCUUACCCCCAGGAGCGCAUCCCAAUGUACUUCACGGAACCGGAUCAGAUACUUGACAUUUUUAUCAACGUUGAGGAGGGCAACUUGUUCCUUAUUCAAAACAGCCAGGAGCUAGAGGAAGAGCUAGAGCGUGUCGCCAUGGAAUACUUCUCUGAGCAGGAGGAAAUGUCCACCAUGGUGCGGCAGCGAAGUGCGCAGAUGGAGUCGCUGGCGACACGGAUCAAGGAGGCACAGCAACGUUUGAGCCAGCUGGAGGCGCGCUUAUUGGAUCUUGAGAGCAUCGAUAGCGGCGCCGACGCGGGGGAUGAUGCGGCCCGCAAUAAGAAUGGUGUCGGUAGCCCCAGGAGGGACAAGGCUGGAACCGUGAUGCGGCAGGAGGUGCUGAAGAGGCUUAUCGAGCGUGCUGUAGCAGACAUUUUUCGAUGUAUCAGUCAGCAGCAGACUACCGCCGCGCGUCGCCCCGAGGACUCUGAGGGAGCUGAGGACGCAAUGCAAAGUGGUGGCAGGGCAAAAUCGCUCACGGGGCAGAAGCGAGCCUCUCAGUUCGCAGUCUUGCCCAAAAAUAAGGGAAAGAAGAAGGAGCGGACUGUUACUGGCUCUGCGACUGCUGGUGGGGUGGAUGCACCCAACGACGCAGAUGCUGGUGCUAACAUGUGGCCGGUGGAGAUGCUCACCAUCAUUGAGAACAAGAUAGACGAGUACAUUCGCUAUAUUAACGACCCUGAAAAUGGCGUGGAACAGUCACUUAUUAUGAGCGUUAUUAAGAUACGUGACAAGGAGCGUCGUCACCAGGCCCGCGUUGUGCAAUUAGAACGGCAGUCAAUAGAGCGAGAGGAGCGCAACCGGCGGGCCCUUGAACGCUCACAGGCACCCGUUGUGAGGCGGCGUGGGAAACCGAUUAUGUGGCGUUCUCGUCCACCCGUUGAGACGGCGCAUGGCACGGAAGUCAAGCAAGGCCCUGUGACGACAAAGGAGGCUGACCAGGACGAGGAGUUUUUCCGAUGA